AUGCAAGUGCACGACGUGGCAAAAUUCUUGGAACGUGGAAUGAGGGAAUGCCGGCGAUGUGACCUGUCGCAGGGUGACGUCCUGAGCGUCGCUCAGCUGGCGGGCAUCAUGGGUGCAAAGCACACUUCGCUACUCAUACCGCUGUGCCACAACGUUCUCCUCAGGAAGGUCGACGUGCGCCUGACGCUGGACGACGCCAACCGGUGCGUUGGCGUGCGCUCGGAGGCGCGGACCCUGGGGCCCACGGGCGUGGAGAUGGAGGCCCUGACGGCCGCCGCGGUGGCCGCGCUCACCGUGUACGACAUGGUCAAGGCGGCGUCCAAGGGCAGCGUCAUCAGCGACCUGCGCUUGGAGCGCAAGAGCGGCGGCAAAAGCGGGGAGUUUGACAGGGACGGUGGUGUAGCACAGGGAGAGCAGUAA